GGCACGUCCCCUAAGCCCCGGGCUGGGAGGCGGCCGAUGACUUCGUGACAGAGUGAAGACAGUGGCUUCUGCAUCCUUUCGCCUUCCUUGUGGGGCAGGAGGACCUCAGUGUCUCUGGAGCUGACCUGUGAAGUGAGACAGCAGCGGGGCAAGGGCUUCGGAGCAGAUGAAGCUAGGAGCUGCAAGUGUGGGGACCUGAGGAAGUCUCCUCACCCUAGACCUGCCCGGAUCCUUCAGCUUUGACUAGGAGGAGAUGACUUCUAGAGGCAUCAUUCAUUCCUAGGCCUGGAUGCUGGAGAGGCCUGUGCAAAGAGGUCUUCUUUACUCCCUCUCAGAAAGUCUACCCUUCAGGGCUUUCUUUUUCUUGUGAGGCUAACCUAAUCAAGUCAGCAGGAGUCGACAAGCUUCCCACGGGCUCUCCUCACUGAGCAGUGGUACUCCUGCCAGAAGCCCAGUGUGAGGACAGAGAUGGCCCUGAGCCUAGAGUCCACAACAAGCUUUCCCAUGCUGGCCAUGACUGGAAGCACUGUGUCUAAGCUUCCUGGUGCCUCCAACAUGUCCCUCAACAGUUCCUGGACCGGCCCAACAGAUCCCAGCUCCCUGCAAGACCUUGUAGUCACGGGUGUCAUCGGGGCAGUGCUCUCAGCCAUGGGUGUGGUGGGCAUGGUGGGGAAUGUGUACACGCUGGUGGUCAUGUGCCGAUUUCUGCGUGCCUCGGCCUCCAUGUAUGUCUAUGUGGUCAACCUGGCACUGGCUGAUCUGCUGUACCUGCUGAGCAUUCCCUUCAUCAUAGCCACCUACGUCACUAAGGACUGGCACUUUGGGGAUGUGGGCUGCCGAGUUCUCUUUAGCCUGGACUUCCUGACAAUGCACGCCAGCAUUUUCACCCUGACCAUAAUGAGCAGUGAACGCUACGCAGCGGUACUGAGGCCCCUGGACACGGUCCAGCGCUCCAAGGGUUACCGUAAGCUGUUGGCGCUGGGCACCUGGUUGCUGGCGCUGCUGCUGACCCUACCCAUGAUGCUUGCCAUCCGGCUGGUCCGUAGGGGCUCUAAGAGCCUCUGCCUGCCGGCCUGGGGCCCUCGUGCCCACCGUACCUACCUGACGCUACUCUUUGGGACCAGCAUUGUGGGGCCUGGCCUGGUUAUUGGGCUACUCUAUGUCCGUCUGGCCAGAGCCUACUGGCUAUCUCAGCAAGCUUCUUUCAAGCAGACACGGAGGCUGCCCAACCCCAGGGUGCUCUACCUCAUCCUUGGUAUCGUCCUUCUCUUCUGGGCCUGCUUCCUACCCUUCUGGCUGUGGCAGCUGCUGGCCCAGUACCACGAGGCCAUGCCACUGACACCUGAGACCGCACGCAUUGUCAACUACCUGACUGCCUGCCUCACUUACGGCAACAGUUGCAUCAAUCCCUUCCUCUACACUCUGCUCACCAAGAACUACCGUGAGUACCUGCGUGGCCGCCAGCGGUCACUGGGUAGUAGUUGCCGUGGCCCAGGGAGUUCUGGCAGCUUCCUGUCCAGUCGUGUCCACCUCCAGCAGGACUCGGGCCGCUCGCUGUCCUCCAGCAGCCAUCAGGCCACAGAGACCUUCAUGAUGUCUUCAGUUCCCCCUAAUGGGGCCUUUGUCGGAGAGUGCUCUGUGCGUUCCUGCAAGUAGGAAAGGAGCCAAAGGCAGGCCACUCAGAAGCCCAUUCCCAGAAUCCUCUACUCAAACCUAACUUGCUUAUCUGUCUUCUUCAGUUCUCUUCUGGAAAGUUCCCUGUUCUUUCUUCUCUGUUGUUCUCUUCAGCUCUGUCAGCACCUUUGCUAUGAUGCCAAUACUUUCCUACUUCAAACCAAUCUCUGAGGGGCUUCAGAAGCUGCGACCCAGACCCUCCUCUGAAGACCUUGGUGAGCUGAGUCAUCUAAAGCCUAACUACCCAGAGCAGCUAGUACCAGGCUGUAACCCUGACCUUUGCUGUAAGCCCUUCCAGCCCUGAGGACCCUCCCCCAUUGGUUGGUAAGGGGCCUGCAGGUAUCUCUUCCCUCUCCCCAUCCAUCCCAUGGUAGCUUCUUGCUUCCACAUGCACAUGGAACAAUAAACCCUGUACUCUGAA